AUGACCACCACCACCACCUCAACCCCAGCCUUCAUCAACUGCUACGCAACCCUCAACGUCCCCCGCCACGCCGACCUCAAAGAUAUCAACAGUGCCUAUAAGCGGCUCGCGCUGAAACACCACCCGGACAAGACAGAUGGCGGCGAUGCCGAGGCAUUUCAGAGGAUCCUCUACGCCGUCGAAACCCUCCGCGACCCGACCCGCCGCGCCGUCCACGACGCCACCCUCGCCGAUCACCUCUGCCGCAAUCUCCAAUUCAACAACCUCGAUCUCAACGCCGACGAAUCGUUUCACUACCAUUACCAUCAUACCAGCUACCCAACCAGACAGAGCCGGUAUGAGGCAUCCUACCGCCACAGCGUGCACAUGGAUCCAACGGCCCCCGAGUCUAUCGAGAUCCUGGAGCAGAUGCAGCGGAACCGCGAGGUGAGCGAGCAAUUGGAGAGGGAGAUCAGGGAUGCUGAGGCGGCGGCUGCUGCUGCUGCUGCCGCCGCCGCGGGGCUGUUUGAGGAGGUUGAGGGAGAGGGAGAAGGGAGGGGAUGGGAGGGGUAUGGCUAUGACCAGGGGCGGGUGGUAGACAGUGAGUUGAGUUCUUGGUCGUCUUCGUCGGAGGAGCCGAUUGGGUAUUACGAUGAGAGUGGAUGUUUGAUUACGAGGAAGAAGGUGUGCAAGGGGAGGAAGGGAAAGGAAAUUCACAGAAAGGAGAGUAGGGUGGAAGGAGAGAAGGAAGGACUGACUGAUGAGAGAGAGGUGGAGGAGGAAGAUGAGCAGGAGGAGCAUUGGAUUGGGACUUCGGCUGAAACGGCCUAUUGGUCGCAAGAGAAGCAGGUAAGAGAUCAGGCUAAGGAGGAGAAACACGCCAAGUGGAUGGCGAGUCUUUUGGACGCGGAGGUGGGGCGGGAGGCCAUGAAGAAGGGAGAUCGGUGGGAGAAGCCGCAGGAUUUGAACGAGGAUCUUGAGGAUGAUCUUGAGGAGAAUUUUGAGGGCGGGUCUGGAGAGGAGUUCGAGAAGCAGUAUUUGGGAGAGUUUGAGCUGGAGGGUCAAGACUUCGAGGCGGAGGAAGAGUACGAAGAAGAAGAGGAGUACGAAGAGGAGGAGGAUGCCGACGAGGAGGACGAGGAUUUGGGGGACGAGCAGGAAGAGUUUAACGAAGAGGAACAGUCUGAACAAGACCACUCGUCUGAACCCGAAGCACUGCAGGAGAGAACAUCCAUCGGUGAUCUCAUUGAUCUUGAAGUUGCCGUCAGCGGCCACGCAGAAAUGCACACCAUGGCCAGCAAAGGAAGCACUGGGUCUGCAUCUACCGAGAUUAUACCUGAAGACCACCAAUCGGGUGAUCUGCUGGAUGUGGUGGUGGAGGGCGCGAUCUUGCAGACUGGUCUAAGGCAUAGUCCCCCGGCAGAUGGCCAGGCAGGGCGAACGAACGAAGGCGCCGGCGACGGCUGGACAGACGAUAAUGACGCAAACUAUGGAGUGCCCGGCGGCGAAGUCUUCCACGAGAUGUUCUGCAAGGAAGAUAUUGGACCUAAGCGGCAAGCAAUAUGCAUGUGUAAGAGAAUCGAGGGUAUAGCGAACGAUGAAAAGGACUGGUUCCGAUAUCCAGGACAAAUGCCUUGGGGCGUGAGCUUGCCACAUCGAUAUUCCAGAGACAGCACUACCGCCACCGACAAUAAUGACGAAGACGAUUCGGAGGAUGAAGAUGAAGAUGAAGGCAACUCCGAGAGAGACAGAACCGAAGACGGAGAUGACCAUUCCGAGAUGACUGAAGACUACUCUGAAGACGACCGCACUGAAGAGAACGCCACUGAGAAAGACAACUCCUCCAAUGACUCCUCCGGAUCUCACCCUCACAACCCGCACACCAAACCUGACAACAACAGCAACAACCACCACCACCCCGAUCCUAAGCACGAUACCACCGCUGCAUACUACACCUCCUCUCAAUCCACACCAAGCACCGCAACCCGAGCCAACGACUUCCUAGACACCUACUCACGAGCAAACCCUGACUCCGAGCUCUACUACUCCUGCGACACCAAAGACGAAGCAACCACCGCCGCCGCCGAACAAUCCGACACCGACUUCGCGACUGCAAACGAGGAUCUGGCUUCCUCAAUCGACUUGUUCCAGCAGUUCCCCGGCUCCAGACACCAUUUCACACCCCUGCUCCCAUACUUCCAAACCAAGCUCCACGCAAGCCAUGGCCGAUACACGAACGACGACAUACUCGUUGAAUGCCGGGGGGUUAUCAUGGAGACCUUCUGCGGAUGGCUGGAAGGCGUCCGGCGCAGCUUCCGGGUUGAUGAUGCGGCGGUGGCUUCGGCGACACGUGGUAAUCAAGCACAGCAGGGUGGAUGCCUUCACCUGGGUUACUGGACCAAGGCCUAUGGGCAGGCGGAGUGUAGGGUUUGUGGGCAGUGGGAGCCCAUCUUCACGCUCACCUGCCCGGAAUGCGGGAUUGAAGCAUGUGUCGCUUGCAAGUUUGCAGCGCCGGCUGCUUAGUUGUUGUUCCAGAGAGGUUGGGAUGGGUGUUUUUAG